AUGAGUUACCAGCCUAAAAAAGUUGGAGUGUUAACUUUAAGUCAAGUGAAAGAUUUUCUCAAUCAAGCUGAUGAUUUGACCAACUUAGCGAAUAAAGUUAUCCUGAUAUUUGGAGUCUUUGGCGCACUGAGACCGCAUGAAAUUAGUAUUAUUAAUGUUCAGAAUGUUAAAGAUACUGGGAAUCAAUUUACAGUCACAAUCAAUGACAGCAAAAAUUGUUUCCUCCGUAAUUUUACUAUCGAUCAAGAAUAUUACGGUAUCAUUCACAAGUAUAUUUCUUUGCGGUCAAAAGACUUUGAUGACCAACAUUUUUUUGUGACUUAUAAUAUGGGCCAAUGUAAGUCCCAAGUUAUUGGAAAAAGAAAAAUCGCUGAAGUGCCGAAGAUAGUGCCGAAGAGCCGAAGGAAGAGCUGA